AUGAAGAAAUUGUUGUCAUUUUCUCAACAGGGUAAAGUAAGUCUGUUGUUGUUGUUGUCGGCCACGUUGGUUUUGCUGCGUCCAGCUGCAGCUCUCACAACCAUCAGCGGCAGCUCCUUGCAAUGGACGCUCUCUAAUGACACUACAAGCGUACCUGGUAGCGUACCAGGAGGAGUUUACUCCGACCUGCAGGCGGCACGAGUACUAGACCAGGGUGAUGUGUACUACCGCUACAACGACCUCGACUACCGCUGGGUCUCCUACACUAACUGGACCUACUCGGCCACUUUCCAGGUUUCGGAGAAGUUGAAAGCCGAGAAGAAGAUUAUACUCGAAUUUGAAGGAGUGGACACAGUGGCUUCGAUUACGGCUAACGGUGUAUUGGUGGGUGAGACCAACAACAUGUUCGUCAAGUACAUCUUCGACGUCACCAGCAUCGUGCAGAGCAGCUCUGAGGUGACGCUAGAAAUAGCGUUCGUGUCACCCGUCGAAUGGUCUCGACGAGCGUACGAGGAACAGGCGGCUAACUACCCCGUCUUGCCGGAGUGCCAGGCGCCCGAAAGCAAGGGCGAGUGUCACGCCAACCACAUCCGCAAGAUGCAGGCGUCCUUCUCGUGGGACUGGGGCCCAGCUUUUCCAAGCAUGGGGGUCUGGAGACCGUUCACCAUCAUCGGAUUCAGUUCGACGUAUAUAAGAGACAUGACUGUCAUCACGCGGCCAUUCGAGCCGCUGCCGCCUCUGCCUGACCCAGACUUUAGGACGUCAUGGGAACUGGAAGUUUACCUCGAUAUCAUCUUGGCCGAUCCUUCACUGGAAUUGCGCGGGCAAGUGGAUAUAUUUGUGGACGGCGUCAGGACUACGAGUGCCGGCGUCAACUUUGGACCAUCCAGUACUGGCGAUCUCAUCAACAUGACCAUCACCACCUACUUAGGGGAGGAUUCUCAACUGUGGUGGCCAGUUGGCUACGGCAAUCAGACGCUGUAUCAACUGCAAGUUGAGUGUUGGAACGUAGACAAUUCGGAAAUAGCCAUCCGCACCGCCAGAAUUGGCCUCAGAACCGCUUUCAUUGACCAACAGUUUGCCGACCUUUCGGCGCCCGAGGCAGGGCGACUAUUUCGCCCUUACAUCAAUAAUGUUCCGAUAUUCAUGCGUGGAAGUAAUUGGAUCCCUGCUCAUGUGUUGCCGGAACGCGUCACGCCAUCGUACGUCCGCCAGCUUCUCGAGGACGCGGUUGCCGCCAAUCAGAAUGCCGUCCGUGUUUGGGGCGGCGGUUUAUACGAAACCGAAGAAUUUUACGAUGUAAGUACUGCCCAUGGCCUGUUGCCGAUUCUUUGGCAGGACAUGAUGUUCGCCUGCAGCAUGUAUCCUACGAGUGAUUGGUUCUUGCAAACCGUUACUGAAGAAGUCAACUCACAAGCCAAGCGUCUGAACUUGCAUCCGUCUGUGCUCUUCUACAACGCCAAUAAUGAAAACGAAGGAGCUUUACGGGACAAUUGGUAUGGAACAAACGUAGACUUUGAGCAAUACAAGUCUGACUACAUCGAGCUGUACGUGAACACCAUCAUGCCGCUGCUGUCAAGCAUUGAUCCUUCACGAGAAGUGCAGUCGUCCUCGCCCAGCAACGGCAUCCAAACCAUCCUGGAGGGAUACGUCUCAGAGAAUCCUGGAGAUCCGCGAUAUGGAGACAUCCAUUACUACAAUUACGCUAGCAACGGCUGGAACCCCAAAACCUACCCCAACGCCCGCUUUGCCUCCGAAUAUGGCUUCCAGUCGUGGCCUUCGUUCAAAACUCUGUCACAGCAGACGUCGUCGGAGGACUGGACGAUAGGGUCUGACAUGCUGGAGCACCGACAGCAUCAUCCUAACGGACAAGUUGAGCUGGCCGCUCAGAUCAGCAUGCACAUGACCAUGCCAGAGGCCAGUGGUGGUCAGGCCGCCUUUGAACGUUACCUCUACCUGUCUCAGGUGCAUCAAGCGAUGGCGAUCAGGACGGAGAGUGAGGCGUACCGCCGCAUGAUGACCACCUUGGACGGGCAGGGCAUGGGCAGCACCUCCGGGGCGCUUUACUGGCAACUCAACGACAUCUGGGCUGGCGCCAGCUGGGCUUCUAUUGAAUUUGGUGGUCGCUGGAAAAUGCUUCAUUAUUACAGCAAGAACUUCUUCUCUCCAAUGAUGGUUUCCCCCUUCAUCGAGAAUAAUACGGUUCAUGUGUCGUUCGUGAAUGACUUGCCGCAAGCAACUAGCAACGUCAAUCUCCGUGUGCAGCUCAUACCGUAUGAUAUUUCAGCAAACUCUUUAUCUGUUACCGUCUUCGAUCUCAGCUUCAACGCUUUGGAGGCUUCAGUUGUGGCGUCAUUUGACCUAACCACAGACCUGAACUGGGAGUCAAUUUGCAGCGACGCUGUGUACUCUAAAGAGGAUUCAUGUUACCUCACAUUCGAGGUGUUCAACCAAGAUGGCAGCCUACGAGUGCCCGAGACUUUCCUCCUACUGGGCGAACCGAAGAAUGCAAAACUUUCUCCGGCACAAAUCAGGAUUGUAGACGUGAUGGGCCCCUCAGCUGAUGGUGUGUACGAGAUCGAGUUGUCUUGUGACCAAGUCGCUCUGUUUGUGUUCGUGGAGACGGACGUGGCGGGAGUGUUCUCGGACAAUGGCUUUAUCAUGCACGGGGCAGGGAGGGUACAAUACCGGAGUAUACAAUUCUGGGCCAGGGAAGAGACUACCGCAGAAUUCCUCCUGGGGAACAUUCAAGUGACGUCCUACGCGACUUGAUCAUAUGGCCUCCAUGUCGUAGACGGCGUCGUUGUGAUAGUUGUCAACUGGCAUUUGGUUUGCGUUGAGUUUGUUGAGGACUUCCUCGGUGAGCGGAACGUUGCGUCUGCGCACCCGGGCUCGGCUCACCAACUGUAGGGCGAUUUUAUCGGUAUCAACUAUUAUAAAAUUGUAUUUUUGUGGCAAUUUUUUAUAAGUUAUACCCGCAAAUACAAUAUCUUGGAUUGCAA